AUGUGUGUCGACUACAGGAAACUGAACUCCUCUACGCGCAAGGACCACUACCCCUUGCCAUUCAUAGACCAGAUGCUUGAGCGCCUUGCCAAUCAUCAAUACUACUGUUUCUUGGAUGGAUACUCAGGAUUUUUCCAAAUUCCAAUCCACCCAGAUGAUCAGGAGAAGACUACAUUCACUUGUCCCUAUGGCACAUAUGCUUAUAGGAGAAUGCCUUUUGGAUUGUGCAAUGCUCCAGCUACAUUCCAAAGGAGGUUCAUUAAAGAUUUCUCACAGAUAGCAAGGCCGCUAACACGCCUACUAUGCAAGGAUAUUAACUUUGAGUUCACAGAGGAGUGUCACAAGGCUUUCACUAAGAUCAAAGAUGCAUUGGUCAGUGCGCCAGUGGUUCAACCUCCAAACUGGGAACUACCUUUUGAGAUAAUGUGUGAUGCAAGUGAUUAUGCAGUAGGAGCAGUGCUUGGACAAAGAAAAGACAAGAAGCUACAUGUGAUCUACUAUGCCAGCAGAACACUUGAUGAGGCACAAUGCAACAUUAAGGUAUCUCUUAUCAAGAAAGAUGCCAAGCCAAGAUUGUUGAGAUGGAUACUAUUGCAAGAAUUUGAUCUUGAGAUCAAGGAUAGAAGAGGAGCAGAUAAUGGAGUAGCUGAUCACCUUUCAAGGAUGAGAGUUGAAGAAAACCUACCCCUUGAUGAUAGGCUACCUGAAGAAACAGUUUAUGCAGCUGAAGCAAUCAUAAGCAUACCAUCACAGGCCAGGAACAAAGAUCUCAUCAUCAAACACACCAUGGUUUCGCCACAUAGCAAACUUCCUUGCAGCUGA